AUGGAGGCCAUGGUGAACACAGUAACAGCCUGGGUUGAAAAUCCUGUGAAGUUUGCUCGAUCUCAUGGAAUAUCCCUUUCGGCCUCUUCCAACUCUGAUGUUCAGAUACUGAUUCUGGAAGGAUUCUUGCUUUAUAAUCACAAGUUGCUAGCAAGCAUGUGCACUGAACGCUACUACUUAACCAUUCCAUACGAUGAGUGCAAGAGGAGGCGUAGUGGCCGCAACUACACUGUUCCAGACCCACCAGGGCUGUUUGAUGGUCAUGUUUGGCCAAUGUAUUUAAAACACCGAAGUGAAAUGGAAAAAAGUGGUGUAAACAUUGUGUCUAUUGAUGGCCUUCUGUCAAAGGAUGAAAUAUUUACCAGCGUGUAUACAGAUAUACUGAAUAGAUUUUUAAACACUUCCUAA